GAUGGAGAAAAUGGAAAAGGAAACCAGUACCAGAGGACAUCUUGCCUAUAUAUAUUUACACACCAUCUCCCCUUAGCCACCACCGCUUGCCCAAAACACCUCCUCUUCCUCAGCCUCCUCUCUCGGGCUCUGCAAACAUGCAUUCUCCAGCGUGGGAGGCCAUCAUAAUGGCUGCAAUUCUUGUUCAGGUUUGCUUCUCCAGGGGCUUGCAGCCCAAUCCAGCCGUCCCAGAUAGAAUCACCAAGCUGCCUGGGCAACCCCAGGUUACCUUCCAGCAAUUCUCAGGUUAUAUUACGGUGGAUGAGUUGCAGAAGAGGGCUCUUUUCUACUACUUUGUGGAAGCAGAGAUGGAUCCAUCCUCAAAGCCCCUUGUUCUCUGGUUGAACGGAGGGCCUGGUUGUUCUUCCCUGGGGGUUGGGGCAUUCUCUGAAAACGGACCUUUUAGACCAAGCGGACAGGUGCUGGUUAGAAAUGAGUAUAGCUGGAACAAAGAGGCAAAUAUGUUGUAUUUGGAGGCUCCGGCAGGAGUUGGAUUCUCUUAUUCUGGUGACUCUUCCUUCUAUGAUGGGGUGAAUGAUAAGAAGACAGCCUGGGAUAAUUUGGUGUUCCUGCAACGGUGGUUCAAUAAGUUCCCAGGGUACAAGAACAGGGACUUGUACAUAACAGGAGAAAGCUAUGCAGGUCAUUACGUCCCGCAGCUGGCCCAACUCAUGGUUGAAUUCAACAAGAAGGCCAAAAUAUUCAAUCUCAAAGGAAUUGCUAUGGGUAAUCCGGUUCUUGAAUUCGCAACCGACUUCAAUUCGAGAGCAGAAUUUUUCUGGUCCCAUGGAUUGAUAUCAGACUCGACUUACAGAAUAUUCACUUCUGCUUGCAACUACUCGCGCUACGUGAGCGAGUACUAUAGAGGCUCGCUUAGCCCGGUUUGUGCAAGAGUCAUGAGCCAAGUGACAAGGGAAACAAGUAGAUUUGUUGACAAAUAUGAUGUUACCCUAGACGUGUGCAUAUCAUCGGUUCUUUCACAGUCCCUGGUCCUCAGUCCUCAACAAGUCCCGGAGAAUAUUGAUGUGUGUAUCGAGGAUGAAACAGUGAAUUAUCUCAACCGGAAAGAUGUGCAGGAUGCUCUCCAUGCCCGCCUGACUGGAGUGACAAAAUGGACAGUCUGCAGCAGUGUCCUUCAAUAUGAGCUGCUUAACCUGGAAAUACCCACAAUAACUCUCGUCGGCUCCCUUUUGAAGGCCAGAAUCCCAGUGUUAGUGUACAGUGGUGAUCAAGAUUCUGUCAUACCUUUGACUGGGAGUCGAACUCUUGUUCAGAAGUUGGCGAAUGAAAUGGGACUGAAGACGACAGUUCCUUACAGGGUUUGGUUUGAGGGGAAACAGGUUGGUGGAUGGACUCAGGUGUACGGCGAUAUCCUUUCUUUUGCGACAAUCAGAGGAGCUUCUCAUGAAGCUCCGUUCUCGCAGCCCGAGCGUUCCCUUGUGCUCUUCAGAUCUUUCCUACAAGGCAGACCACUACCAGAGACGUUCUCGGGGUUUCCCUGACAAGAAGCUGAUAGCAAGGCUUGUGUGUCUUAUGUAAUUACAUGAGAGUUUAGCAUUCAUCAACUUGGUUCUUCUGAAACUUUGAGUUUGAGAAGUAGCGUGAAGGAGCACAAGAAUUUGUGUUCUUGGUCAGCUACCAGCUUUCUGUGAGGUGAUUGUCUCAUGAACAUAUCGCGACAUAUUAAUGGCGACCGGCAAUCGUUGCUUCUAAAAUUGUAAUCUUUCUCAGUUCUAAAAUCGAUGCAUUGUGUAGAGGAAUGGACUAUCAUGUUUAUCAAGGAAAAGCUCGAAAUUGAUUUGUGUA